GCGGAGGAAGCUUUUGGGCAACUUUUCCUCUGAAUCAUUCAAGUGAAGGUUUAUGGAGUUUGCAGUUGUGGAAAAUGCUCUCUUCGGUGUUCUUGGCUCUCCUGGUUCACGCGCUGUUUGGAGAUUUGUGUUCCGCCAUCAACGUUACAAUCACCCCGUCGCCCUUCACGAUGGCCCAGGAAGGCCAAAACGUCACAUUCUCUUGCGUGGUGUCCCAGCGCCGUCGCAAUUCCGCGCUGCCCGUUGUGAAAUGGACUUUCCUGCCGGCGGGCUCCGACAGGCCGGAGGACGAACACCUCAUCGCCCGGGUCAACAUGAGAAAGGCCCGUUUCUACGGAAAUUACACCAAGAGCUUCGCGUGGCCCAAGAUGAAGCUGACGGUAGUGAAGCAGGGCAAGAUCUUCGACUUGGUGAUCUUGAACGUGUCCGAGGGGGACAGAGGUUGCUACAUCUGUCGGGUUCAGGAAUUCAAAAAGCAGCAGGAUCGCUGGAAGGCCUCGUCCAACUCGACGGCUACAACUGAACUGAGAGUGCACGCGUUUCCGGCCACUGAGGCCAAAGACGGCCUGUGGAGCUUGUUCGAAGAUGUGUACCUUUGUGCUGUACUGCUUUGCUCUGUGGGCCUGCUGUGCAUGUGCAUGUUCACAAUGACGGUAACCUGCCAGUGUAUACAGAAGAAGCAGCGGUUAAAAGAUAAUUACCACUUGGUCAAAAGCUCAAGGAAUAGCUCAGGAGAAACCGUCACCAGUGCGGUCAGCGUGUCUCCGGCCUUGCCUCAGAAGGAGAGGAGAUACAGAAAGAAAAGGAGCAGAGAUUACCAAGAAGAAAUACCACCAGAGAUACCAGCAAAAGUUCCCAUCGGAGACAAAGCACGCAAACCCAAACUUUUAAAACCACAACCAAGGAAAGUAGUUUUGCCGAGGAUAGUGGAGGAGAAUCUGACCUACGCAGAGUUGGAUCUGGUGAAGCCGAUCCCGGAAGCGAUGGCGUCGCGGAAUGGCACGGUGUACGCUCAGAUACUUUUUGGGGAACAGCAGCUGUGAAAAGGAACUCUUCUAAUUUUGCCCCUUUUUUUGUAAAUAUUUUUCUAUUUAUCGUUUGUUUUUUGUAUUUUAAUGGCAAAAUGCUGUCCAUCUGAAAUGACUGUACAUAUAAUUUUAUACAAACUUUGAUUUCACUUUUUAACGAGGCCUUCAAAGGCAACAGCGGUCAGGUUUACAUUGGGAUGAGGCAGGAUGUUGACUACUUGUUCCGACAGUGCGUCAUUUGCCCAUUGUGACGAUCACAUCUUCAUAUUUGGGGCUUUUGUGAUCUGCUUUCACAUCUAAUGGCUCCGUCUCAUUCCAAUUGAUCGUACCAAACUCUUGUCGCGACAAGACACAAGAAACGCAAACAUGAAUGCGAACAUGAGGUCAUUCCUGUGAUUUGCUCCCAGCGUGUCCCCAGACUUAUCUCGCCACGCAACAUCUGUGCGCCGUCUGUUCCCGUGUGUCACUCUGCAAUUUACACUCACCACAACACAAGACGAGUUUGAUUUUAAAGUAGCGAUUAGCCCUGAGACUGCAACCCUCGCACUGUUAAGUUUGCCAGAGGCUUUCAUUGUGCGUUUUAACAGCCAAUUUAACCAGCGACACACACACACACACACGCACAUACGCAAUCCAGGCCUGCGGCCACGUCUGCGGCAAAAGACAUGCCAACUAUGUGUCUUUAAUCCAAGUCGUUGAUGUCCAAUUUUUCACCGAAUGUGUGAUAAGCGAUCUGUGCUAUAGGCUCACGGUGUCAGUGUGCUUCGGUCUCUCAUUUCCAUUUCGGUCUUUGGAUUGAGGCAUGGAAAAGCAGCAAGUGUGAAUUUGAAACCCGGACGCAAAAGGCAACACAUUCUUUCCCCUGCCCCCACUGCUUCAACUAUCGGGACUCAAGAGUGUCAUCGAUGCAGUUGGGCCCCUUUUAAAUUGUCUUUUACGUCUAACUGGAUACAUGAUGAUUAGAUUUUAUUUUUUUGCACAAAACCUUUCUUUUGAAACUGAAAACUCGUAAAUUAACGCACGCUUAUCCAAACGAUUACGAGAUAUUAUCUUUAAUGUGAGUGAUUUUUUUUUUCCAAACUCCUGUUUUGGGUGAUUGUGUUCUAUUUUGCCCAAUCACAAGAGUUAUCAAAGUUGAUUCCAAUUUUGUCAACUCUCACUUUCUAAAAAGCUGAUGUCUUGCUGUUUUGUUUGGGUUUUUUUUUUACACUGUAUAUAAUGCAAUUUGAACUGUUGCUUCAAAUCACACUUAAUGAUUUGAUGUCGCAAAACAACAUGACAACAAUUCCAGAGAUGAAAACUGGUGACGUGUGCUCACGUUGCAGUUCCCCCAACAUUGUUUUUCUAUGUGUGCGUGUGUGUGUAUUUUUUUUCAGCUGUGUGCCAGUAAUAUGCACUCAUUUGACAAAAGACUGAAUGAAUAAAUCCAGUUGUGAGCAGAAA